UCAUAUUCAAAUUGUUAUCAUCCCUCGUUCACAGAACGAAGGAUUCAACGUCUCCGAAAAUGGCGGACUGCCAGAAGAUAACGUCCCCCAGCCCUUGUCCGCAAACCCAUUUCCAAUUCGACGCGCACCCGGAGAGGAUUCCCGAUCCGACGGCCGACUUCUCUGCCACCCCACCCCACUCUCUUUCACGAAUCAGCUCCAGGGAAGGCCGCUGUUCCCGAACCCAACCCAGCCCUCCCCACGCUGCCCCGGGUUUUUCUUCAUGCGUUCCCCGCACGCCGUCGUAUCAGGAUUGCGGCUGGGCCUCCCAAUUCAAGAUUUGGAUUUAUGGAACUUGCAGCAUUGUGAUCAAGAAUUGGGAUGUGUUGAAUGCCGCAGACACCAAAAGGAACCUUCUCCUGAUCAGAUGUGUUCAUAGUUUUUCUUUUCUUGAAUCAAGAUGGGUACCCCAGUAAAUAUCACAGAAGGUUCUUAUGUGUGGGUUGAAGACCCCGACGCCGUUUGGAUUGAUGGGCAAGUGACCAAGAUUGAAGGAAAGGAGGUUGCGGUCCGAACAUCUGACGAAAGGGAGGUUACUACUAAGUUAUCCAAAGUAUACCCAUAUGACGUGGAUGCUCCAGAAGGUGGGAUUGAUGACAUGACCAAACUAUCUUAUUUGCAUGAACCUGGGGUUCUUCAUAAUCUUGCAAUAAGAUACAUGCAGAAUAAGAUCUAUACUUAUACUGGCAGCAUUCUUAUUGCCAUCAAUCCUUUUCAAAGACCACCUGAUUUGUAUGAGAACCACAUAAUGGAACAAUACAAGGGAAAGCUACUUGGAGAACUACCCCCUCAUGUUUUCGCUGUUGCAGAUAUUGCUUACAGGGCAAUGAUAAAUGAGGGCAAAAGUAAUUCAAUAUUGGUAAGUGGAGAAAGUGGAGCAGGUAAAACUGAAACUACUAAGAUGCUUAUGCAAUACCUUGCACAUCUGGGUGGUCGUAGCCAUGAAGGAGCUGAACGUAGAACAGUUGAACAACAAGUUCUUGAGUCAAAUCCAGUCCUUGAAGCAUUUGGGAAUGCAAAAACUGUCAGAAAUGACAAUUCCAGCCGAUUUGGUAAAUUUGUCGAAAUACAGUUUGACAACCGUGGAAAAAUAUCAGGGGCAGCCAUUAGAACAUAUCUCCUCGAGAAAUCUCGUGUCUGUCAAAUUUCGGAUCCGGAACGAAAUUAUCACUGUUUUUAUUAUCUGUGUGCAGCACCGCAGGAGGAAGCCAAGAAGUAUAAGAUGGGACAUGCAUCAUCAUUUCAUUACCUUAAGCAAUCUAGUUGCUAUGAAUUAGAUGGUAUUAGUGAUGCUCAGCAGUAUUUGGUGACAAGGCAGGCAAUGGAUAUUGUUGGCAUAAGUCAACAUGAACAGGAUGCAGUUUUCAGAAUAGUUGCUGCUAUUCUCCAUCUUGGCAAUGUUACCUUUGCUAAGGGGGAAGAAAUUGAUUCGUCAGUUCUUGAGAAUGACAAGUCAAAGUUCCAUCUUCAGACUUCAGCAGAGCUUCUAAUGUGUAGUCCUGAUGCACUAGAAGAUGCAUUAGUGAAGCGAGUUAUGGUCACUCCGGAAGAAGUUAUCAAGAGAAGUCUUGAUCCUGAUGGUGCGGUAGUUAGUCGGGAUGGGUUAUCUAAGACAAUAUAUUCUCGCCUAUUUGACUGGUUGGUGGACAAAAUAAAUAUCACAAUUGGACAAGAUCCAAAUUCCAAAUGUCUUAUUGGAGUUCUUGAUAUAUAUGGAUUUGAAAGUUUUAAAAAUAAUAGUUUUGAACAGUUAUGUAUAAAUUUAACCAAUGAAAAGUUACAGCAGCAUUUUAAUCAGCAUAUUUUUAAGAUGCAGCAGGAUGAAUACACUAAAGAGGAGAUUGACUGGAGCUAUAUAGAAUUUGUUGAUAACCAAGAUGUCCUGGAUCUUAUUGAAAAGAAACCUGGAGGAAUAAUUGCUCUUCUUGAUGAGACCUGUAUGUUUCCAAAGUCAACAGCCCAAACAUUUUCGGACAAGCUUUACCAGACAUUCAAAUCGCACAAACGUUUCAUUAAACCAAAAUUGGCGCGCACUGAAUUUACAAUUGCACAUUAUGCAGGAGAGGUUCAAUAUCAAUCUGAUCAGUUUAUGGAGAAGAACAAGGAUUACGUUGUUCCUGAACACCAAGACCUUUUAACUGCUUCUCAAUGUCCAUUUGUAUCUGCACUAUUUCCUCCAAUCACCGAAGAGGCUACCAAAUCUUCAAAUAAGUGUUCCAAGUUCUCAUCAAUAGCUUCCCGCUUCAGGUUACAACUCCAUCAGUUGAUGGAGACCCUAAACUCCACAGAACCUCAUUAUAUUCGAUGCGUGAAGCCUAAUAAUCAGUUCAAGCCUGGCCUUUUCGAGAAUGGCAAUGCUUUGCACCAACUGCGUUGUGGUGGUGUUUUGGAAGCAAUACGAAUAAGUUGUUCUGGUUACCCUACCCAUAAGACGUUUCCUGAAUUUCUACAUCGGUUUGGCAACCUUGCUCCAGAAGUUGUGAAAGAAAAUGAAGAUGAAAGGGUUGCAUGCAUAAAGAUCUUGGAGAAGAUGGGCAUUUCUCAGGUUCAGAUAGGAAAGACAAAAGUCUUUCUGAGGGCUGGUGAGAUGGCUGAAUUAGAUAACCGUAGAUUAACAAAGCUUGGUCAUUCAGCAAAGAUAAUACAAAGAGAUGGUAGACGGUAUAUUGCUCGGAAAGACUAUGCUGCCAAGAGAAAGGCAGCGGUUUCUUUGCAAUCUAUGUGUCGAGGAAUACUUGCUCGGCGAUCUUUCAACUUUAUGGUAGAAGAUUCAGCUUCUUUAAAAAUUCAGAAGAGUUUGAGAGGGCUUUUGGGCAGGAAGAGCUUCACAAAAUACAAAUGUGCAGUGAUUACAAUGCAAACAGGCAUGAGAAAAUUGGGAGCCCGUGUAAUGUAUAGAUAUAGGAAACAGAGCAAAGGAGCAACUGUUAUACAGGCCUAUUGGCGUCGUCAUAGUGCUUGCUCAUACUACAAGAGACUCAUGGAGGUGACAAUUGUUAUCCAGUGUGGAUUAAGGGGAAUGGUUGCUAGGAGAGAGCUCUAUGAAUUGAACAAGGCUAACUUGGAAAAGGAAAGGGAAAAGGAAAAGGAAAAGGAAAAGGAAAAGGAAAAGGUUGAGGAGAUAUCAAAGUUGGAGCAGUCCCUAGAAGCUAUGCAAACAAAAGUUGAAGAAAGAGAUGCUCUUCUUCUUAAAGAGUGUGAGAUUAAUCAGGAAGCAAUUGAAGGAGCCACCUCAGUCAUUGAAGAAUCUGUACUUCCAGUUGGAGAGGGAGAGAAGAUUCAGGUUUUAACUUCGGAAGUGGCAAAAUUGAAGAAGUUGCUACUGACUGAAAAAGAACGAGCAGACAAUAUGGAAAAAUUAUACUCUGAGGCCCUUGAAUCGGCAGAGGGAAAACGGAGGAAGUUGGAAGAAACAGAAAAGAGAGUUCAUCAACUCCAAGAAUCUCUGAACAGGAUGAUAUCCACCAUGUCCGGUCAAUUUUCAGAACUAAAGAUGAUUUUAUGCUCUUCAUCCAACUUGAGUUCGACUUCUGGAUUUGCUGCUAGAGAUCAUUUAAAUGAUGAUUCAUCUUCUGAGACGGCAUCUUCCGACUCAGAUUUCACUUUCCCAGCCCCUAGUUCCACCCCGCCAAACUUUGCAAUCAAUCCAGGUGCCUUUCACCUCAUUGUACAAGAUCUUUCAGCAGGAGAAGCUUCAGGAACUCAACACUGGGAAAGAGAGCGAGAGGGAUCAUUUGAUGACUUCUUUUGAUGAUCUCAGUCUGUACUUUGCUGUACUAUGUUUGCACUGAUAUGAAGUAAUUUGUCCAGAUUUCGCAUAGGAAGUAUCUUCGGUUGACACAGUAUCACAUACAUCCUGUACAGACACAUAUGUUUUGUGUGUUUGUGUAUAUAUAUUAUGUAACUUCCACAAGUAUUAAUUUCUCCUAUACAACAAGUUGAUUGGGAAAUAGAAAAUAUGCCGUUUAUAUAACAUAUGAUAAAUUUAGUUUUCAGGUUCAUCCCACCCUUGCUGGAGCAUGACCAUUGUAGAUCCCUGCGCUGUCUUUCAGGUGAUUCAGAUAUUUUAUAUUGUGUUAUUAAGUUCAUUGCAAAACUUGAGUAUUACUUAGCCAGGAUUCAACAAGUUUGAGUGUUCGUUUUUCACUGUAAAAACUACUUCUUUGGCAAACUCCAGGUACUCAUAUAUUGACCCUGUUUGAAAAUUUGUAUUCAUUAUCUGCUGCAUGCUUAAAGCUAAGAAGAAUCUACUCUUCAGAAUAAUCUGCACAUAGCGUAAUAAUAUAAUGUAGUUACUAGUUAGUAAUUGUUCAAUCUGUUUUAGGGCAAAUUUAAAUUCCCUUUAAGAUCUUCUGGUACAGGGGAAAGCUUGUUGAAGCAGCAGUGCACUAUCAACUAAUUGUCUUUCCCAGUCCAGGCACAAUCUAUUUCUAGUAAUCUUUGGGAAGGAGUUCCAAUUCAAACACCCCUGUUCCUGUGGCAUAUGUCAAGACAGACAGUUGCCAGACCACGUGUCCCUCAGCAAGUGCGAUCAGAUCGGAAAGCAACAAAAGAAACGACGACUACUGUGGAAGCAGCAGUUCCCA